AUUAUUGAAGAUCUCAAAGGAGUAGUAAUCGAUUUACUUUGUGUUUUUUAUCAAAGAAAUCAAGUUUUACCGAGAAAAUUUUUGUUUUAUCGUGAUGGAGUUGGUGAAACUCAAUUUCAACAUGUAAAAACUUAUGAAGUAAAAGCACUUAAAGAAGUCUUUGCUAGUGUGUACAGAAAUUCGGGACCUACACUAACAUUUAUUAUAUUGCAAAAGAGGCAUCAUACCAGAUUUAUGCCAACUGAACCACGUGAUGGUGAUAAAUUGGGCAAUUGUAGUUUGAUUUUUGUAAGAAUGAGAAAUUUAUUAUUUUAA